UCCCUAGACUGCAAUUGAAUGCUACGUAGAAAAGAGCAUCACUUUGUCUAAGAUACACCACUAUUUAAUUGAACUCUACAUCCAUUACAACGGCUACCUCAAUCGAAAUCAUUCCCCUUUAAGCGACCCUACAACCUUUAGAAAAUAGAAGAGCAUGGCAGACCGAAUGAGAGCUGUAGUGCAGCGCAAUAGCACUAAUGGCGGCAAGCCCACACUAUCCAACGAGUCGAUACCGCUACCGAAGCUCGAAUCGCAUCAAUUGCUCGUCAAGAUAUCGCACGUCGCUCAAAACCCAACAGAUGUCCAAUCGCUCGAUUCGAAUGCGUUUGGCGAUGGCUCCGUGUUCGGAUGUGACUUUGUCGGCACCGUCGAAAAGAUUGGGGAGGCUGUGACGAGCAAGGCCGAGGGUGACGUCGUGGCCGGAUUGAUCUGGGGAGGCGAGAUCAAAGGUCUCGGAGCGUAUAGCGAAUACACAGUCGCAGACGAGCGCAUCAGCUUCAAGGUUCCGUCGUCCAUUGCCCCGGAACAAGCUGCUACCGUUCCCCUGGCGGCUGCAACAUCCGCGCUGGCAUUGUUCUCAGAGCAGAGCCUACACAUUGAUAGGAAGAAGAAGGGCACAAGGGUCUUGAUAUGGGGCGGAAGCUCGAGUGUCGGCUUGUACGCCAUCCAGAUUGCCAAACUGCACGGCCUGGGAACCAUCACGACCUGCAGCCCAAAGAACUUCGACCUCGUCAAACAAGCAGGCGCAGACCAUGUCUUCGAUUACCGCGCCCCGGACGUGGUCGACCAGAUAAGACGUGUGGCUCCCGACUUGCAAUACGUCUUCGACACCAUCGGAGAUAAGGGUUCGUCGGCUCAAGCGUCGCAGGCAAUUCGCGAGGAAGGGGGCGGUCGUCUUUGCACCGUCCGUCCCGGAAAAGCGAAUACAGAGGGUGUGUCGAAGAGGACUACCGUCACUGAUGUUCUUGUUUGGACUGCAUUCUUGAAGGAACAUAGAUAUGGGACGUUUCAUUGGCCGCCGCAUAAAGGGGAUCACGACCUCGUUGCCGACUUCUUCGAAUCGAUACCCAAAUUGCUUGAGGAAGGAAAGUUCACGCCCAACAGGGCCAGCAUCAAGCACGGUCUUGACGCGGUUUCUGAAGGGUUCCAAGAGUACAGAGAUGGCAAGAUCUCGGGAUAUAAGAUCGUCUAUGCCUUGUGAGGUCUAUUCGGCGGGGAUAUACGAUCUCAUUAUCAUUUGAAUUGGGUGUAUCGUCUUGCUAGACUACACAUUAGGAUGAGCUCUUGGGUGCAUCUAAGGGUGCUCCUACUCAUCCGCGCCAACGUUUUUCACAUACUUCUCUCAACAUGGUGCUACUUGUAGUGGAGAAAGCUCUCAGGAGAAAACACAAUCAGUGCUCGCAGAAAUAAAACGUAUCCUGCUUUCUGUCAGUCAUGUUGCUGG